GCUAUACAUCCUCCACUACUGAGAAACUGAACAUUUAUCUUACCCCAAAAUGGAAACCAAUAUUUUUUUCAUCUUAACAACAUUGUUGUUCCUGCAAAGAUUUGGCUUAAGCAACAACAUGCUUAUGCCUUCUUUAAAUGUUACAUGUAGCGAAAGAGAGAGGCAAUCCCUUCUUGCAAUCAAACAUAGCCUCACAGAUACAUUUAACCUUCUGUCAACAUGGAGCGGAGUAGAAUGCUGUGAUUGGCAUGGAGUUGGGUGUGACCAUCGAAAUGGUCAUGUUGUCAAACUUGAUCUUAGGUCUCAAGUGUCUCUGGAAACGUAUCCAGACGGUAAACUGCUGAAAGGUGAGUUGAGUCCUUCAUUACGGAAUUUGAAGUAUUUGCAUUACUUGGACUUGAGCAUGAACAAUUUCUCAGGAAAUAUUCCUGAAUUUUUAGGAUCGUUUCAGCGUUUGAAGUACCUUAAUUUGUCACACUCAUUUCCUGCCGGAGUAGUUCCUCAUCAUCUAGGAAAUCUCUCAAGGUUACAGUAUCUUGAUCUUAGUUAUCCUUUUGUCAAAGAUCCUAAUCGUUUUUUUGGAUUCGAAGGACUGCCUGUGUUGGAUGAUAUGGGAUGGGUGUCUUCACUAUGGUCAUUAAGGUACUUAGAUUUAUCAGGGAUAAGUAUUGGUAAACAUAUUGAUUGGUUCCAUCCUAUAAGCAUGCUCCCUUCUUUGCUUACAUUGAACCUGGUAUCCUCUGGUAUCAAAAAUAUCCCUUCAGUUAAAUUCAUCAAUUUCACCUCUCUUAAUUCACUCGACCUCUCUUUCAAUUACAUCAAUUCCACCAUUCCUGUCUGGUUAUCAAAUCUUACUGGCCUCAUGCAUCUGUACCUAAAUCAUAACCACUUCCAUGGUGAAAUUCCAUAUCUGUUAUGUAAUCUGAGCAGCCUUGUUCAUCUGGACAUUUCGCAAAACAUGGUUUCUGGUCCUAUUCCCCAAAGCAUUGGACGACUCUUGAGGCUUGAAGACCUAGAUCUUCAGGGUAAUCAAUUGAGCGGGAACAUUCCUAUGAGUGUGGGACAACUUUCAAAGCUCAAGAAUCUAGAUCUCUCCUCCAAUUCCUUUGAAACUUUGAUGCCAGAUCUGUUAUGUAAUUUGAGCAGCCUCGUUCAUCUGGUCCUUGCAGAGAACAGGUUUUCUGGUCAAAUUCCUGCAUGCUUUGGACAACUCUUGAUGCUGGAAGACCUUUAUCUUGAGGGUAAUGAAUUGAGUGGGAACAUUCCCAUGAGUCUAGGGCAACUUUCAAAGCUCAAGAAUCUAGAUCUCUCCUACAAUUCAUUGGUCGGCGUUCUUUCUGAAACUUACUUCAGCAAGCUACAGAAUCUGAACUAUUUGGCGUUGUCAAGAAAUUCGUUAGUCUUGAAUUUCAGCUCUCUAUGGAUUCCUCCCUUCCAACUGCAGACAUUUGAUGCAAGUUUCUGCAACAAUGGACCCCACUUCCCGAAUUGGCUACAAACACAGACACAUCUUCAAAGAUUAUAUCUUUCUAACUCGAGUAUUAUAGAUACAAUACCAGAGUGGUUUGAGAACAUCAUGUCUCAUAUUCUUGUAUUGGAUUUGUCCAAUAACCAGAUUAGUGGCAAACUGCCGCGAUUUCAUUUUAAUAAGAGUGACAAUAGAUGGGGCGAUGGGAUCUUGAAUUUGAAAUCAAACAAAUUUGAGGGAUUGCUAGCUACAUUCCCAUCAAAUGUGAGGAUUCUGGAUCUCUCAGACAAUUUACUGUCGGGACAUCUUCCUCAAACAGAUGGAACAAUGAACUUAAUACUGGAAGUUGUUAAACUCUCUAAUAACCGCUUCACAGGAAGCAUUCCAGUACACUUAUGCAAAGUCCCUAGCAUCUAUGUUUUGGAUUUAUCACAAAAUAAGUUUUCUGGGAGACUUCCUGGGUGCUUAGGGAAUUUGAUUGGUUUGGGAGCGAUGGAUGUUUCAAAUAACACUCUAACGGGUGUUGUUCCAAGCUCAUUGGGUUCUCUCACACAACUCGUGUCAUUACAUUUCCACAACAACAAAUUUGAGGGUAAUCUUCCGCUCUCUUUACAGAAUUUGACGAGGUUGAUCACACUGGAUACCGGGAACAAUUUUCUAACAGGUAGUAUCCCUUCUUGGAUUGGAGAAAGCCUAUUAAACCUUAGAAUCUUGAAUCUGCAAUCAAAUAAGUUUACUGGUAAGAUUCCACUACAGCUUUGUCAGCUCAGUGCUCUUCAAUAUUUGAACUUGGCACAGAAUCACAUAAUUGGGACGGUGCCUCACUGCUUCAGCAAUUUUAGUGGUAUGAUCACCUAUCAAGAGAUCUCAGUAAACCCGAUUUAUUACUAUGAAGAAAAUAUUUUGGCUGUUGUGAAGGGAAUUCAGUGGGACUACACCAAGACACUACAAUUUCUCACAGUCUUAGACCUCUCAAGCAACAACAUUACAGGAGAAAUUCCCGAUGUUUUGAUGAACCUUGUUGGAUUAUACAGCUUGAAUCUCGCAAGAAACCAUCUCAAAGGACAGAUUCCAACAAUGAUUGGACAUCUAAGACAAAUUGAAUCUUUAGAUUUGUCGAUGAACAUGUUGUCUGGUCAGAUUCCACAAAGUUUGACUAGCUUGAACUCUCUAAGCUACUUGAACCUAUCAUUCAACAACUUAUCUGGUGCAAUCCCUGUUGGAAAUCAGCUCCAGACUCUUGUGGACCCCUAUAUUUAUGAAGGAAACAGUGGACUAUGUGGACCACCAGUAUCAAGUAGUUGCAAAGGAAACAAUUCAUCAUAUAAUGAUGUUGGUGAAGAUAAAGGUCAAGAUGGUGAUGAAGGCUUGUGGUUUUAUUUUGGCAUGGGCCCAGGUUUCGUUGUUGGAUUUGUGGGACUAUUUGGGAGUUUGCACUUCAUUAGGAGGUGGAGGGUGGCUUACUUUCAGAUGCUUGAAAAUGUUUACGGUUGGCUAGCAGUAUCUAUUCUAGUGAAUCUUGCUCGCCUAAGGAGGACUUUUUUCUGAUGAGCAGAUACCCUUCUUCAUUGGAUGUUUUCAGGGACGGUGAACAUGCAUCAUGUGCUUCAAAGAUACUAUAAUAUUCUAUAUAUGUUUCAUAGAUAAAGUACGUUUUUCAAUGUUGAUUGUUGUUAAAUUCUAUUGUUUCAAGAAAAGUUCAUUUGUACUAGAACUUUGUGUUUCAUAGCAAAAAGUAUGUUUCUAAUGUGUAAGGCUAUUUAUUCAA